AUGGAUAACAGAACACUAACGCCUUUGAGUUGUGUGUCGAACAGUCGAGUUCCGCUUCGGCACUUCACCCCUCGAACUCAACCUCAACAACCUUUACGGAUGGAUUUCGAUGAAGAUUCUUUUGAUAUGGAUUCGACAUUCAUGUCGAGUGAAAACCUCAGCUCUGUUGAAGACGCGAUACGACGAUUUACUAGCAGCGGUGAUUUCUCCACUGCUGUUCUCUUUAUUGACGCUAGCUAUGCAAAACAAUGUGAAGGAGAUACAAGUUUAGAUAUUGUCAAAUUCGCUCGACAUAUCCAGGCUUUGGCGAGCGUGCAUGAGUGGAUGCGAAUUAGAGCAAUGUUGGAAGAAACGAAGCUAUUCAGAAGACAUAUUUUUUUUGCUUACUUCUAUAUAAGCGCAUUAUUUCACCUGCGACUGUAUACUGAAAUACGAUCAGCUCCGCUAGGGCCUGUGCUCGAGCAAGCCGGUGUACCUACAAAAUAUUUUCAAUUAGUUGAAGGUGUUGAAUGUGGUGGCUAUGUAGGAGAGUGUACACCUUUAAACGCUGAAGACGCCAGAAUUUUACAAGGGAUGGUUGAUGACUAUAAAUUGAACUCCGGCAUGCUACUAGUUUACGGACGUACGUUUCUGAUCUUGGAGUAUCGUGAAGCAGCUUGUCGAUGUUUGAGUUUGGCCUUCAUGAAGGAUAGAGACUGUUUGCUAGCACAACAAUUACUGACUCGUUAUAAAUUACUGGAUACUAUUCAAGAAGCGAAGCUGAAAAGAUUGGUGUCUGAGCGAUCUAGCUUAAAUUUACCGUUAGACCCUCGCGUUAGAUCUGUCCACGCUGAAGAGUUGUUGGGACGAGGAGAUGCUUCAGCGGCUUUCAAAAUAACUAAUGACAUAAUAAAAAAACAUGGUAUUUAUAUGGAUUGUAUUCUUACACAUAUCGGUGCAUUGACGCAACUCGAAAAUGCCGAGGAAUUGUUUUUGUUAGCUCACCGACUUGUAGAUACAAUGCCUGACCAUGAAUACGCUUGGUACGCUGUUUCAAUGUAUUAUUUCGCUUGUAAAAAUAUACCUGCUGCUAAAAACUUUAUGAACAAAGCCACCAUGAUGAAUACGGGUUUCGGUGAAGGUUGGCUUGCAUAUGGACAUAUUCUAUCCGCCGAUUCAGAGAAUGAUCAAGCGUUGAAUUGUUACUACAGGGCUUCGCGUAUUCUGGAGCGCCACUUUGAGCCACUACUUUACGUGGCCAAGCAAUAUUGCAAAAGUGGAGUAAAACUAGCUGAUCAGUUCUUGGAAGACGCCGCCAAACUUUCUCCAACAAACCCUAUCGUAAUACACGAACAAGGCACGCUAGCUUAUAACAAAUGUGAUUUCCCAGCGUCUAUUAAACUUCUGCAUAGAGCUUUGAGUUUGGUGCUCUUUGAAGACCCAGAUCUCGCCCAGAGUAAUACUAAACCUUUAGUUCAGAUAAUCAGAAAUGCACCUAUUAAUGAGUUUUGGGAGCCUUUAAUCAACAACUUAGGACAUUGCUCUCGUAGGCUUGGUGCUAAUGAAGAUGCAAUAGCUUAUCAUCAGAGAGCACUUUUGAUGAACCCCCGUAAUGUUCAAGCACUCACUUCGAUCGCUAUGGCUUACGCAGCCUUAGGAGAAAUAGAAGACUCUGCCAUCUUUUUCCACAAGUCCCUCGCUAUUUGUCCAUAUGAUGAGUUGACUAGGGCUGCUUUGGAAGCCAUCACAUCAACUCAUGCUGACUUUGUUGUUCCCAAACAAGAGCAACCUAUCGAGGAUAAGUUAAUGAGUUCUGAAGAACUCGAUAAAUUGCUUUCGCGAACCACACCUGUACAGAAGAAAGCUUGUUAG